AAUGGGCCGAAAAAAGAUUUCAAUUACUAAAAUUGAAGACAAGCAAUAAAGGAAUGUAUGAUCAUGAAAAUAUGUUAGAUUACUUUUCAUAAAAGGAAGAUAGGAUUACUUAAAAAAGCAUAUGAAUUAGCUUCUUUAUGUGGUAUCUAAAUUUAUAUGGUCUUUAAUGAUGUAUGUAAGAAAUUGUUUAUUCGUUAUUAUAUUAGAGGGAAAUGCCAUCCAUUUUAGAACAGAAGAACUAAGUUAAAUUGAAAAUAAUGACAAGAAGAAGUAUUUAUUGACUCCUAAAGAUGUAAAAUAAUUAUUCUUACACCAGUAUCCAAAAUUUGUCACUCGAUCCAAGAAUAAAGUGAACACUCAGCUCAAAGAUUUGCCAAUAACACCAUUAAAAUUAGUCACAGAUCUUAUGAUUAGUGAUGAGCCAUUAAUUUCUCGUUAUUCAGUUCUUAGUAGGCAAUUUUUCCCUAUACCUCAGCCCAAAACCAGUAAAGCUAUAAUUGAGAAUAAUACAUGA